UUCCUAGGUCCUCAUCUCCAGCACAAGGAUUAAUAUGUGUUUAUCUGGUCCUGUCUCUACGUAUCUCCAUUCACUGCAUCAUGUACUCCCCCGCAGCCCCAGUCCCUGAAGCCACUCCUCUCCCCCAUUCCUUAUACUAACAGGGAUUAUACAGUAACGGGACAAAGCUCAUCUAGACAAGCCAUAGAAAAGAGUAUCCAAGGAGUGCAAGACCCCUCUAUCCAAGCUGAGCUCCCACCAGCAGAGUGUCUCAUGGUGCAUCUUACACUACUACAGGAGACUUCAAGGAGAAGUAGGGUUAACCUGAGGAUGGGACAUGGAAAUGACUGGUAGGCUUUCCAGAAGACACAUCCCAGAAGAUGCCCAGCUCUGUCUAUGCUGCUCUCCACAUUCUGCUCAGUAUCUUCAUCCCAGCUGCCAACAUUCUGGUCAUUGUAGUCCUCUCCAAGCUGCUGAGAAAAAGGCGCUGCAAGAGUUACAUCUUCAUCCUGAACCUGGCUGCUGCAGACCUCCUGGUGGGCAUCAUGUGCAUCAUAGAAGCCCUGGAUGAUAUCUUUGAUGAAGACUUUGACAAGAACCUCUUCUUCUGCCUGCUGAGGCUAUGCUUCACAGUCACUCCUUGCAUUGGAUCUAUGUUAACCCUCCUGCUAAUCUCCCUGGACAGAUACUUGGCUGUGAGGAUGCCACUGUAUUACAUCAAGAUCAUGAAUAAGAUAUAAGGAGCUACCUGUACAAUCACAUCAUUUGUAGAAGACGAAAGGUGAAGCCCCAGGGGCUAGCAUUAGCCCAGUUCACUAAUAUUGGAGGCGCAACCAUGCAUGAAGACUCUACACUGGCCCAAAAUUCGGGUGACACUGGUCAAAAACUGUCUAUUUUCAUAGGCAACGUGGAAUAUUGUAAAGGCACUGCAUAGUAAUCAUAAAAGUACUAUUUCGAGAUGAGCGAACUUACAGUAAAUUCGA